ACUUACUACACGUUGUCCUAGACCUCUUACGUUACCAUUUUUUCUUCUUCAUUUUCUCUCCCAUUGUAUAACUAUAACACCUCUGCACCUCCUCCAUACACGGUGGCUUUAGGCGGUGGCAACGGCGGAGUUGGUGGAUGGCAAGAACCAAUAAAUAUUCCUCUAUUAACUUCAAUGACAUCUAUGAGAAAAAAGUAGGCAAUAACAGCUCUUCUUCAUCAUCGUUUCCUUCUCCGUCAUCUUCUCUUUCAUCGUCAGCCUCAUCUUUGACAAGUCCCAAUAAAACCAUAAUCUCAAAUUCAAGAAUCCAUGGCCAUAUGCUUGUUUUGAGCAAACCCGCUACUCCAAAACCGAAACCCAUCGUUGUUCCGCAGAACCCAGCUCCGAAAACUCCAGCUUUGACGAAACCGGAUAAAGUUCCAGAUCAAACCGGAUCUGAACCGGAUAACAUCUCGCUGCGUCCGCAGGGUCGAACCGGAUCCGGUUCACCCGUCACUUUGUCUCCUUUGCCGUCUCCCGGGAAACCCGCUUCUCCUUUGACCGCGCCGUUGUUGAAAUCGGACCGGUUUGUGCCGCCACAUCUUAGACCGGGUUUUGCGGGCCGGGAGGCGAAGCUACCUGGACCCGAGGCUGUGAAGGGUGGACUAGGCAGUGGAAGAGGAAAAGGGCAGUUUGGAGCUCCGAAUCAUUACGGUGAGGAAGGGAGACCGAAAUCUGGAGGCGGCUAUGAGAGGAUGAGAAGGAUUGGUGCUGAACCUGAGGCAAUGAAUUUCACGACCCGACCCGGUUCAAGUGGGGCUCGCCCGAGUUCCAGUGGGUGAAGAAUUCUGUGAAGCUGAGAUCGUCUUUCCUGGGGCAAGGAUGAAUGAAGUCUUGAGAAUUCGGUCUUUGCCAAUGGAUGAUCUUUAAAAUUGGAUCUCACAGUUGUUUUAGAUGCUCAGUGGAUGCUUGUGUCAUGGAUGUUGAUUUUGACCAGGUAGCUCCUCUCCGCAAUAACACCGGGUGACAGGAAGGUUUCUUGAACUGGUGCCAUUUCUUAGAGGCUCGAGGAUCAAAGCCUUACUUUCUUACUGUUGACCUUGUUGCAUUAUUUUCCAGUUAAAUCAGGAAAGAAAAAAACGAAGAUGACAAAGGAAUGUAGAAUCUGUUUGUAUGAUUUUCUUCUUUUGUUUACUUUGUGCUCCUCCUGUCUUAGAGGAGCAUGUUAUGGUGGAUUCCUGAAUUACUUCAAUUUACUUAUCAUGGCUGUACUGCUCUGCAGCAUCUCACUCUGUUACAAUUACAACUCUUUACUUUUUUCUUUUGAUA